AUGGGUUAUUUAGAAAAAAAAGUUUUUUUUUUUAUAUUUCCAAUCUUAAUUAUUAUAUUCCUAUUGGGAAUGAUUCAAUUUAUAAAAUAUAAAAACAAUGAAAUAAUUGAAUGUUUAAGUGAUAGUGUUAAUGUAAGAUACGAUUUAUCAUACUACAAAUAUAAAUUACCAAGAAAAUACAUAAGAGAUAAAGAAUACUUAAUUGUUCUAUCCAAUGGUAAACUAGAAGCUAAUCAAGUUAAUUCCGAUGAAAAACUAGUUGUUGCCACAGAAGAUAUAAAAUUAGAUUUAGUAAAACUUUAUGGUGAUUCAAAUGAAUUUCAAACUUUUACAAUUAAAAAAGAAGAUGCUUUUAGAAGGAGAAAAAUAAGGAUGGGUUCAGAAAAACAAUAUAUGGCAUCAAUGGUAAUUACCAAAGAAGAUGGUACUGUAUUAACAUACACUAACAAUUCAAUCCCUAAAAAUUCUUUUAAAAAUUAUAAGGUCGAAACUAUUAAAGUCUUAACAAAGCAUGGUUUUCAUUUCUUUCCAACUAGUUUUAUAGGAAGAAAAAAAAUAAAUAAUUUAAAAAAAUUUAAAAUUAUUUUCUCUAUUCAAUGUUAUAGAUUAAUUUCUUUUAUUAAAAAUAAAAUUAUAUAA